GAAUUGAGAGCCUAGGAAGGAGCCUCAUCGAGGUUGGUGAGAGAUCUGGAAGUCGUGUAUUUGGGCUUGAAGAGAACGUUUUUAAGGGAGGCACAACUUUAAGUAUGUGAAGGUCUGUCAUUUAGAUUUUCUGUUUAUGGCUACAGGUUGGAAGCGUAGAAGCCACAAAGAGGCUAACUUCAGCACAAUAAUCUUAUAAUUAUUCUUAGAGCAAUCUAAUACAGGAAUGGGCUGCUCUCCCAAACUGCGGGCUUCUGCUCCUCCAGAAAUGCCUAAACCGACGUUCAGUAGCUCUCUUGGAAAGGAGGUUGGUUGGAUCAGAAAACCUUUUUUCUUUUUUGCUUAUGAAGUAUGUUUUCUUUUUGCUUUUUAACUUUACCUUUAUUGUUGGGUCAGGUAAUCUUAAAAAUCCCUCAGAACAUGACCCUCUGAUCCCAGUGCUGCUUAAGACAAUGAAAUUAUAUAUCCCAGGACUGUACCCCUUUCAAAAGCCAAACAGGAACAGAAAUACAUAAAUGAGCAAAGUCAUAUCUUUUGCUACAAGCGAUCUAAACGGGACCUUCACGGAGGAGAAGACCAAAUGAGAAACACAAGUAGCCAGUGCCGGUGCUCAGAGAGCUGCCUGGGUUACUACGUUCAGUUUCUUGUCCCAGCUUGUAGCUUUGCCGUCCCUGUGCUGAUCUGGCCGCCACCUUGGGAUACUUACGGCGGCCCCUAAGGCAUGGCAGUUUCUCUGGCACCUUGCCUGGGCCCCUCAUUAUAGGUAGGGGGCAAUGAGUCAUCGGGCACAAGAACUGGCACUUAGAGGAAUUGGAGUGUGUGGCAUGGACACAACGUGUGUGUUUUUCUUUUUGGAGCGCUAACUAGGUGGUUGACAGCUUAUCAACAACAACAAAUGCCUCUGGAAGUGGAAUAACCUGGAAAACGAUGCUUUUAUCUGAACUCUAGUUGGAAGGGGGGCUGAGAGAGCCGCUGGUUCUCUAGGAGCGAGACCCACGAGGCGCAAGGCUGGCAGGCUUUGUUUUCUGUGUGGGCGCCGGGCCUGACCUCGUCUCCCUCCACCCUCUCCUCAGUGCUCAGCUCUCCUAAAUGAACUUGAACUAAUAUUUAGAGGAUGUGGGUAUGAAGGGGAAUCCAGUUAUUAACCUACCUAGUGCCCUCUCUCCGUCAGGCCCCGUGCUUGCCAGCUGCUUCACAUAACCUGUUUCCUCUCUUUUUUUCUUUUCAUUUCUACAGUAUCCAUGGAAAACAUUGGGGAACAAGUUGUGUGCCUGGUUGCAUAUCAUCUGCUUUUUGCAAUGUUUGUCUGGUCGUAUUGGAAAACUAUCUUUACACUACCGAUGAAUCCUUCGAAAGAAUUCCAUCUCUCGUACGCAGAGAAAGAAUUGUUGGAGAGAGAGCCGAGGGGAGAAGCCCAUCAGGAAGUUCUUAGGCGAGCCGCCAAAGACCUUCCCAUCUACACGAGGACCAUGUCUGGAGCAAUCCGGUAUUGUGACAGAUGCCAACUUAUAAAACCAGACCGCUGCCAUCACUGUUCCGUCUGUGAUAAAUGUAUUUUGAAGAUGGAUCAUCAUUGCCCAUGGGUGAACAAUUGUGUCGGAUUUUCAAAUUAUAAGUUUUUCCUCCUUUUCUUGGCUUAUUCCCUGCUCUACUGCCUUUUUAUUGCUGCUACAGAUUUACAGUAUUUUAUCAAAUUUUGGACAAAUGGUCUACCUGAUACUCAAGCCAAGUUCCAUAUUAUGUUUUUAUUCUUUGCCGCAGCUAUGUUUUCUGUCAGCUUGUCUUCUCUGUUUGGCUAUCAUUGUUGGCUAGUCAGCAAAAAUAAAUCUACAUUAGAGGCUUUUAGAAGUCCAGUAUUUCGACAUGGAACAGAUAAGAAUGGAUUCAGCUUGGGUUUCAGUAAAAAUAUGCGACAAGUUUUUGGUGAUGAGAAGAAGUAUUGGUUCCUACCCAUUUUUUCAAGUCUAGGUGAUGGCUGCUCCUUUCCAACUUGCCUCGUUAACCAAGACCCUGAACAACCAUCUACUCCUGCAGGACUGAACUCAACGUCUAAAAAUCCUGAAAACCAUCAGUUUCCUGCAAAGCCCCUGAGAGAGUCGCAGAGCCACCUCCUUCCUGAUUCUCAGUCUUGGGCAGACGGCAGCGUGAACCCCGGAAAAGACAAAGCUGGCAUGAGCAACCCUGCGCUCACCAUGGAGAAUGAGACCUAGCUCUUCAAACAGAGUCAAUUCCUGUCUUAGGAAAGUAUCAAUGCUGUAGAUGGAUGGAACAGGCUUCCCGCAGGACGGCACCACUGGCCUGACGUUCCCAUUUCCAUGUGGCUGGAUUUGCAGAAUAUGAACUGAUUAGUUCUCUCCAAGCUGUUGCUUAAAACAUCACAUUUUAAAUUCAGGAUACAGAUUGUUUCAACUAAAACAAAUUCCUGUGAAAUAUUAAAAAUAAUUAUGGUUUAUGAA